AAUACUACCCCUGUACAUAUGACCCAUAUUACAUAUGAGGCUAGAGGCUGUUCUUCAAAAUUGUUAAAAAUUGCUUCUACAAACAUUUGUGAAACAAUGGUCCGCUCCAGGGGCGGACUGACAACUCAUGGGGCCCCCGGGGAAUAGGGGAUCAUGGGGCCCCUGUGUCCUUGCCCAAACUCAAAAAAGCCUAUGAAAAAGGUACCAGGGGCAUCUCAUGGGGCCCCCUACUGACCCCGGGCCCUCGGGCAGUGCCAGAGUUUCCAAAUGGUUAGUCCGCCCCUGG